UCUCCGAGGCGGCGUGAGGUAGAGGGGCGCUCCAAAUGGGUCGCAGCCGCAGCCGCUCCCCACGAAGGGAGCGUAGGCGGUCCCGGUCCACUUCCCGGGAGAGAGAACGCAGGCGCCGAGAUAGGUCCCGGUCCAGGGAGAGAGACAGGAGAAGGAGUCGCUCUCGAUCCCCGCACAGAAGACGCUCCAGAUCCCCAAGACGACAUAGAUCCACAUCUCCUUCUCCUUCUCGACUGAAAGAAAGAAGAGAUGAGGAAAAGAAAGAAACAAAGAGCAAAGAACGUCAGAUUACUGAGGAAGACUUAGAAGGCAAAACAGAGGAAGAAAUAGAAAUGAUGAAGGUAAUGGGAUUUGCCGCCUUUGACUCCACAAAAGGGAAAAAGUUGGAUGGCUCUGUAAAUGCCUAUGCCAUAAAUGUGUCUCAGAAGAGGAAGUACAGGCAGUACAUGAAUCGAAAAGGUGGAUUCAACAGACCUUUGGAUUUCAUUGCGUGAGAAAUGAAAUGUUGAAAAAUGAGUUUUUUCUCCUCAUCUUGAUCCGAAGAGUGGAUUUUGUAUUGUGUAUAUUAUAUGCAUCAAAGCAGGACAGGAUCACAGUCCUUCUUCCUCUUAAAGUAAGAAAAUUUUACCUAUGAUGUGUGCAGUUCACUUACCCUGCCUCAAAAGAAGAAAUGUUAAAUAUUACAUUUUUUUCUUUUAGGAAAUAUCAUUUGGGGCUAUCAUCAGCCCCAUUUUUUUGUCUUUAUUCCUGUGGAAGCUGUAUGUUUUCUUCCUGGAUGCUCAUUAGGACUUUUUAAAACACAUAUUAGUAAUUUGGAUGUAAGUUUCUCAAAUAAAGCAGUAUUUCUACCCCUCUGUA